AUGUAUGAACCAACACUUAAAAAUUUAACAAAUGUCGAUUAUGGUAAACCUCCCGAUAGCCAAAAUCAAAUUCUUCAAGAAUUGGGUACUCCGCACAUAGACUCCUUUAACUAUAUGAUUGAAGAAGGAUUGAAUUUAGCAAUCUCUGAUUUGUUACCAGUUGAAUUUGAUACAAAAGGAAAAUAUCGUGUGAAACUUACCUUACUGGAAGCAGCUAUUCAUCAACCUCGAGUACCUACAGGAUCACUUGGUGUUAAAUCACAUAGUAUAUAUCCAUUAGAAUGUCGACAACGUCAUGGUACUUAUUCAGGAAGACUUGAAAUAAAACUCGGUUGGAGAAUUGAUGAUGUUGAACAAAUGAUAAUUGACAGAGAUAUCGGCCAAGUGCCAAUAAUGUUAAAGUCUAAAUUGUGUCAUUUGGAAAAAAUGUCUCCAAAACAAUUAGUUAAACUAGGAGAACAUCAAGAUGAAUGGGGUGGAUAUUUUAUUAUUAAAGGCAAGGAACGAUUAGUACGGCUGUUGUUAGGAACAAGAAGGAAUUUUCCAACUGCUGUUCAAAGAAAUACUUGGAAAAAUAAGGAUAAAUUUUUUUCAGAUAUUGGUAUUUUGAUUAGAUGUGUUAAAGAUGAUUUAACAACUGUUACAAAUAAUUUGCAUUAUUUAACAAAUGGUACUGCCAAAUUAAUGAUCCCAAUAAAGAAGAGGGUAUUUUAUGCACCCAUAUUUUUAAUAAUGAGAUGUUUAACUAACAGUUCAGAUGAGUUUAUAUUUAGACACAUUAUUAAAGGACAUGAAAAUGAUUUAUAUUUCAUUAGAUCUGUAAUGGAAAUGAUGCGUUCCUUACAUGAAAGUAACAUACAUUGUCAAGAAGAUGCUAAGGAAUAUAUUGGUAUUAUGUUCAGACCUAGAUUUUAUGAAUUGCCUGAAUGGAAAACUAAUAAAGAAGUUUGCGAUCAUAUGCUCAGGAAUUAUGUUUUAAUCCAUUUAAACACUGAUUUUGAUAAACUCAAACUCUUAGUUUUUAUGUUGCAAAAGUUAUUUUCAGUGGCCCAAAAUAAAUGUUUAGUUGAAGGUGCUGAUGGAAUUAUGAUGCAGGAAUUAAUGCUUGGUGGUCAUCUUUAUCUGAAAAUCCUCAAAGAAAAGUUGCAAACAUGGUUGAAUUUAGUUAAAAUCAACCUACUUAAAGUUGAUCAAGGUGGUCAACCAUCUAUUGGUGAUAUGAUGACUGCAUUGAGAAGAUGUGAUUUAAUUGAACACUCAAUGACAAAUUUUUUUGCUACUGGCAAUCUCAAUAGUCAAUCUGGUCUAGGAAUGCAGCAAGAUAAAGGACUUACAAUUUUGGUUGAAAACAUAAGUCGAAUGCGAUAUAUGGCUCAUUUCCGUGCAGUUCACCGUGGUGCUAUUUUCGAGUCUAUGAGAACAACUGAACCUCGAAGGUUGUUGCCAGAUGCUUGGGGUUUUAUAUGUCCUGUUCAUACUCCUGAUGGAACUCCUUGUGGACUUCUUAAUCAUUUAACCAAAUCUUGUAUAGUCACUAAAUCAAUCAGUAGAAAAGUAUUGAAUGACAUUCCAAAGGUAUUAGUAUCUCUGGGUAUGUGUGAAGCAUCAUACAAACCUCAAGAUAUUAAUAUUGGAUUUGUAUAUAAUGUAAUUCUUGAUGGUCGUAUAAUUGGAUAUGUACCAGAAACAUUGACAGCAUUAUUUAUUAAAAAGCUUCGUACCCUGAAAGUGAAAGGAAAACAAAUACCGGAGACUACUGAAAUCGUAUGGCUUCAAAAGAAAGAAGAAAAUAUUUUGGGUCAAUUUCCCGGUCUUUUUUUGUUUACUGGAAAUGCAAGAAUGAUGAGACCAGUUUUUAAUUUAGAUUUAGAACAAAUAGAACUAAUUGGAACUUUUGAACAAGUUUACUUAGACAUAAGUAUUUCAGAAGAUGAAAUUAGACCUAAUAUAACUUCGCAUAGAGAAGUUACAAAAACAGAUUUUCUUAGUCAUUUAGCAUGUUUAAUCCCUUUGCCAGACUACAACCAAAGUCCUCGUAAUAUGUAUCAGUGCCAAAUGGGAAAACAAACAAUGGGCACUGCUUGUCAUAAUUGGCAUUUACAGUCGGAAACAAAAUUGUAUAGGAUACAAACACCAGCAUCACCGUUGUUCAGACCUGUUCAUUAUGAUGCAUUAUCAAUGGAUGAUUUUCCAAUGGGUACAAAUGCUGUCAUAGCUGUCAUUUCAUACACAGGUUACGAUAUGGAAGAUGCUAUGAUUAUUAAUAAAAUGGCAUUAGAUCGAGGAUUUUCUCAUGGUUCUAUAUUCAAAACUGAAUUAAUUGAAACAAAACCACAUACUUAUUUUAUGCGUGACCCAUUUAAAGAAGAUCUUCCGGAUUCUUUGGGUGUAGAUGGUCUUCCACAUAUCGGCUUAAAACUGUCUAAAGGAACACCAUACUAUAGUUAUUUUGAUGAACAAAUACAAGGAUUCAUAAUAGCUAAGUAUUUAAGCAAUGAAGAAGUUAUUGUUGAUUCAGUUCGUCAAUGUGGAGAUUUUACAACUGGCCGAAAAAUACCAAAUAAAGCUACAAUUACCGUGAGAGUUCAAAGAAACCCAACAGUAGGAGAUAAAUUUGCUAGUCGUGCAGGACAGAAAGGAAUAUUUAGUAAAGGCUGGCCUGCAGAGGACUUGCCAUUUACAGAAAGCGGAAUGGUUCCAGACAUUGUUUUCAAUCCUCAUGGUUUUCCUUCAAGAAUGACUAUCGCUAUGAUGAUAGAGUGUAUGGCGGGCAAAUCUGCAGCAGUGCAUGGUGUAGUACAUGAUGCUACACCUUUUAAGUAUAGUGAAGAAGAUACUGCAAUUGAUUUCUUUGGAAAACUCUUAGAAGCAGGUGGAUACAAUUAUUUUGGAACUGAACAAAUGUAUAGUGGUGUAGAUGGCCGAGCAAUGAAGGCAUCAAUUUUUUUUGGUGUUGUUCAUUAUCAGCGAUUGAGGCAUAUGGUUUCGGAUAAGUGGCAGGUACGAAGUACUGGCCCAGUUGAUGCUGUUACAAAACAACCUGUGAAAGGCCGUAAAAGAGGCGGUGGUGGUCGUAUUGGUGAAAUGGAAAGAGAUGCAUUAAUAUCCCACGGAACUCCAUUUUUAAUGCAAGAUCGAUUUAUGGAUUGUUCAGAUAAAUCAACAGCUCUGUUGUGUUUGAAAUGCCAUACAAUACUAACUUCAUUAGUUCAAUUCAAAGAAGACAGUUAUUCAAGUAAAAUUGCUAAAUGUAGAGUAUGUGACUCUACUAAAGUACAAGAAAUUGGAAUACCUAAUGUAUUUCGAUACUUAUGUUCUGAACUUGCUGCAAUCAAUAUUAAAUUACAGUUAAAUAUUGAAGUAUAA